AUGGCUGCAAAAGACAACGAGAGCCCCGUCCCCGUUGUGAAUUCGGAGGACACGACAGAUAUACCUUUCCAGGAUGGGGAAUAUCAGACCGGAAAAAUCGACGGAGUUACUUAUGACGAUGUGUUCGGCGAGGUCAACAAAGAUGGCCCUAACUAUCGCAGUGUUGGAUGGUGGGGAACAGUUGCUUUGAUGCUGAAGACCCAGAUUGGUCUGGGUGUUCUCUCUAUCCCGGCAACCUUUGAUGUGCUCGGAUUGCUGCCAGGGAUUAUCUUACUGUGCAUCGUGGCAGGAAUCGCAACAUGGACUAGCCACAUGGUUGGUGUCUUCAAGCUGAAUCAUCGCGAAGUAUAUGGCAUGAAUGAUGCAGGGGGGUUGAUGUUUGGCAAAGUCGGGCGGGAAAUAUUUGGACUCGCAUUCAGCCUUUAUUGGAUCUUCGUUGCCGGGUCCGGUAUCUUAGGUAUAUCGAUCAGCCUGAAUGCUGUCUCGAGCCACGGCACCUGUACUGCUGCUUUUGUUGUUGUUGCUGCUACAAUUGGGUUUCUAUUUGCUAGCAUACAAACUCUGAGUCGAAUCAGUUGGAUAGCGUGGGUUGGUUUGGCCUGUGUCGUCACAGCUGUUCUUACCGUAACUAUUGCGGUUGCUAUACAAGGUGGACCGAGCUCUGCACCACAGGGCUGGACCACGGAUUUUAAACUCGUUCAAAACCCGUCGUUUGCAGAUGGCGUUUCCGCUGUGUCUACUCUAAUUUUUGCUUGCUCCGCCACACCAGCAUACUUCUCUAUUGCCGCUGAAAUGCGAGACCUUCGAUACUUUAGUCGUGCUGUCUGUUACAGUCAGUUAGGUUCGACCGUUUUGUAUGUUACCGUGGGUGCCACAGUUUACUACUACUGCGGGACCAUGGUAGCUUCACCUGCUCUAGGAUCUGCUGGUCCCUUGAUCAAGAAUGUCUCCUAUGGUAUUGCUUUGCCUGGCCUGAUUGCGUCAACAACUAUCAUGCUUCAUCUACCAAGCAAAUACCUUUUUGUCCGUAUCCUUCGAGGGUCGCCACAUUUGACGACGAACACAUUCGUCCACUGGAGUACAUGGAUUGGCUGCACAUUUGGGUGCACCAUUAUUGCAUACGUUAUUGCAAGUGGCAUUCCAGUUUUCAAUAGCCUCGUUUCACUCAUCGGCGCAUUAUUGGGGGCAGUUUUAGCCUACCAAGCUGCUGGCUGUAUGUGGUUCUACGACAACUGGGGUGAUAUUCAUACCGAAAAGAGAAACUGGAGGUGGAUUGCCCUUGCCUUUUGGAGCGGUUUCAUAAUUGCGGUUGGGACCUUCAUAACUAUCGCUGGCACAUAUGGGUCGGUUGUUAACAUCAUUCACUCCCUUCAAAAACAAGGCGGCUCCAGGCCCUGGACUUGUGCUGACAAUUCCAACUCAUAA